AUGGGUUGGGUCAAAGUCAAUACUGAUGGUAGCUUCAUUUCUCUUAAUGCUGGCUUUGGAGGAGUUUUCAGAAAUACAAGAGGUGAAUGCCUACUAUAUUUUCAGUAUCCUGUCAAAGCUGAAGACCCUCUGGAAGCUGAAGCCCAAGCUGUUUAUUGGGCUGUUUUCUUAGCCACAAAGUGCAGUUGGAAUCUCUUAAUGGUGGAAACUGACUCCAUGAUCUUAUUUAAAAUCCUAGAAGGAAGGAUUUCUGCCCCUUGGUAUCUAAUUCAGUGGAUCACUGGUAUACAAACCUUGAGCUUGAAGUUAAAGAUGUCCCUUUCUAAUACUUUUAGGGAGGGUAACAAACCUGGCAAUUGGCUUGCUAAGGCUGGCCUCCAUACUCAGAACACCAUCAUUGAUACUUAUACCAUUCCUCAUUUAGAGUUGUUGUUGAAAGGAUAUCUUCUUGAUCUACCUUUCUUUAGAGUUUUGCCACUUUAA